AUGCAGAGUAUACUUGUUUGUCCAUCUGUUGCCUACGAGGCGCAAACAAACGAAGGAGUGAACGACGAAGCUGAAGACUUCUACGCUAUCCUGGGCGUGACCCCAGACGCUUCUGAGAAGGAGAUCAAGCAGGCUUACUACAGAGUAAUGAGAGCCUGCCACCCAGAUGUGGUCAGCGUGGAGGGAGAAGAUGAUGAAAGCUCAGCAGAGGAAGUCUGUGUAUUUGUCAACGACAUCUAUGAGACCUUGAUGGACAGAGAGAAGCGUGAGGCUUACGAUGCAAUUGCGGGAUUCUCUGGCAAUGCGCUAAACCCCUUCUAUGACACAAGUUAUGAGCGGAGCCAGGUGUUUGUCAGCGAGUAUGACUGUAUCGGAUGCAAGAAUUGCACCAAUGUAUGCCCCAAAACAUUCGCAAUAGAGGAUGAGUAUGGUCGAGCUAGGGCAAUGCAGCAAGGUGGCAGCACAGAUGAACUACUGCAGGAAGCGAUUGACACCUGUCCUGUGAAUUGCAUACAUUGGGUGACAGCACCACAGCUAGCUCUGCUUGAGACCACAAUGGCCAAGAUGGAGAGGGUGGAUGCUUGGAUCCUGAUGAUGGGUGGCGGCAGCGGCGUUGAUGUCUUCAUGGAAGCUGCCACUGCAUGGGAGAAGCGGCAGGCGCGCAUCAGGGCCAGACGGGAGGGUCCCAAGCGCGGCUGGAUGUGGGGCGGGCAGGAGGCCGCCACAGCCAGCGCUUACAGUGGAGGUGGUGGGAACUCGACUGCUACUGGAGGCAGAGCGCAGGAAGCUGCAGCAGCCACUGCGGCAUCUGCCAGAAGGUAA